UAUCGUUUUAUCGUUUCGAUGCGAAAGCAGCUCUCGUCCGUUUUUCCUUGCUUUAUUCUCGAAAAUCAAAUCUAGCUUUUUUUUUAAGCAAAUAAAAUCAAAUCUAGCUGACUCCCUAGUUUGUUCCGAGCAACACACAGUGCUGAUUGGGGGAAACCAAGCGGCUCCUCUGAUGGGUAAGAACAAUGACGUUGAUGGCCACAGAUCUGACUGCUAGUAUAGAAAGGUCAUUUAUUUCAAAAAAAAAGUUUAGAAAGGUCAAAGAUGGAGAAUAUUCUGAAUACGUUGACCUUUUCCUUGGUCCGGUGGUAAAUAGGCCUUCUGUCUCUCUUAACAUGGUUACUGCUGUCCUAGACCAAACGGAGGCCAUAGGAUUAUCCAACUGAUUGGGGGUUUAGACUUUUAGGACUGCCAAUAGCAAAGUACUAGUAGUAUAUGAUGUGUGGAUUUGGGAAUUGGCCGGGCCAGUUCAGCACAGGGAGCUGUCGGGCCCAUGAGGUAAUCACUCUGAAAUAAGUACACCCGCUUAAGCCAUUAGAUACUCAUACUCAUCAUCAUAAGCUCACUCCUAGUAGAAAUUUCUGGCUCAUUUAGUAUAGAAAAGGAGGAGGGAAGGAAAAGACACUUCUUGCUGCUGCUUACUAUAUUCAAUUUAGUGGACUCUCGAGCCCAAGUCGCGGCAUAAACACUACCAAACCAAAAUUCACGCCGCCCGCGGCCAGCCGUCCUUCGUUUCUUGCUCACUAAACAAUCUCGCUUUAAUUCCGCUCCCCUCGCUGUACGCUGUUCUUCCCCGGUCCUCGAAGGCGCGCCAGGCCCUCCAUCCUCGCGACCUCGCCUGCCGAUCCUCGUCCGCCCCGUCCCUGGCCGGCCCUGCCCAAGCACCGUACCAUGGGGAACGCGAUCUCCUCCGCCGCCGCUCCGGCCCUGUGCGCCGCCUUCACCGCCCUCGAGCUCGUCAACCUCCUGGCCCCGCAGCAGGGUGCCGGCGCCACGGCAGCCGCUGAAGCCUCGGCGAUUCGCGGCGCGGUCCGGGCCUUCCUGCCGUUGGCUGCGGCGGCGGGCUUCUUCACCUCCGUCGCGCUUAUUUACCGCCAACUUCAUCACGCCGGCGCCGCGGCCGCUGCGGGCGCCGGCAACCCGCGCCUGCCGGAGCUCGUGACCUUCACCCUGUGUGCGUCGGCUGGGUUCCUCCAGUUCGUUUUGUUCGUCCUGGAGGCUCCAGGUGGCGUGGGUCACGGCGCGGCACGAGCGCUUGGUCUGGCUGCGCUCCGUGCCCUGCCCGCUGCGGCCACGGCGACCUUCUUUCUGGGCAUCUUGCUCAUAGUCGUCGGGCACAUCCGCGCCGGCGGCGAGGGUGGCGGCGGCGCCGUCGCCGGAGUCCUCGCCAAGAUGGCCGUCGGAGCGGCGGCGGGACUCUUCUGCCUGAUGGCCACUGCCAUCUGCUUCGUUUAAUGUGGCGCAGCUGGCCCUGAUGACAAAAUGUGGGUUCUGUUUGCUGCGAAUAAGCUGCUGCAAGAGGAAGUGCUGGGAUAUUGUGACAUUGGGAUAUUGUGACAUUGCCCGAUUUUAUUUGUAAUAAUAAUUGGAUGAAACUGAGUAUGGUUGUGCUGGUUACCUUGAACUUGUGUGGAUCAUUUCUGAUACCAUGAACUCAAUUGUGUGAUUGUUAUGAUUGAACAACUUUUCUCUAUGAUUCUGCCAGCAUUUGAUAACAAUCAAAUAUGGGACUGUGUUGUGGGUUAAUAAUAUGAUGCAACAAUCUUCUGUC